UUCCUUUUUUUUUUUUGGUUUUUCCUUUCGUUCUUUGCUUCUUCGAAUCAUGGGCAGCGCAUUCUCCACAGGCCGCGGGUCGGACGCUGGGGACGCCGAGCACUCUGCCGACAUUGCCAUGCACUCGCGCGACACUGGGGCAGGAGCGACCUCCCCAGCGGGCGGCGACGCGGCGGCCGUGCUGGGCGACGACGGCGGUCGGCAGCGUGCGGUUGCGUAUCGCUACCCUCCGUCCAACGGCAUGUACUUUGGGUCGCAGUUCUCGAUGGGCGGACAGCGGUUUGCGGCGCUCGAGCCCGAGGCGUACCUGUUUGGCAACCUCAACGACCUCAACUUUCUCACAACCAGCCACCUCGGCGCGCUCUACCACCAGCCGCCAGUCAACAUGCGCCACACGACCACCAUCCGCAGCCACGUCAACCUCCGCAAGGACUCGCUCAAGCUCGUCAAAACGCCGGACGCACAGCCGGGCCGCUACAGCAUCGAGUUCAUGUUCGACUCGGACUCGGACUGCUUUGUGACCAUCCACCUGUUUGCCAAGGAAUUCUGCGACGCAAAGGGCGUUGUCACAUUCAAGUCAGCCUCGCCGGAACACACGUCUCCUUCAUUCUUCUACCCCAAGGGCCUCGACCAGCAGUUUCAGCAUUCAGAGUUUGUGAUUGAUCUGGCCAGUGCCAACCCCGACUUCCUCUCCCUGAGCGAAGACUAUUCCCGCUACCCGCUUGUCGUGCAGCUCGAGGUUCCCAGCCCGCCAGCCACCUUGCCACAAAGCCCCGACAGUGCCCGCGACGCAUCGACCUCUGCGUCCGCCUCAGCCAGCCAACCCUCCUCCAGCCACGCAUCACCCAGCGAGAUUCAACGCACCAGCAAAACGCAGUCGCAGGCGACCAUUGCCUCGUUUGACGUUGCGGCGGACGCGACCAACUUUUCCAUCAAGCCGCUCAAGCAGAAGGUCGUUGUCGAUGGCAUUGCCUACAUGAUGCAAGAAGUGUAUGGUAUUGAGCAAAAAACGAGCAAUCAACCUUCAGCUUCGGCGACCAACGAGGAGAGCGCGCUCAGCGGCAACACCGAGUGCGUCGUGUGCAUGGCUGACUCGCGCGACACUGUUGUUCUCCCGUGUCGUCACUUGUGUCUCUGCAACCCUUGUGCCGAAGUCCUGCGCUAUCAAUCGAACAAGUGCCCGAUUUGCCGAGCUCCGUUCCACUCGCUUUUGCAGAUUCGCGUCGCUCAGCUGGUGCCGAAUCAACGCCGCGAAGGUGAAGAAGAAACCGAGGACAUGGAGCUGGUCUCUGGUGUGCGGUUACGCUCAGUUCCGAUUGUGGAAGCGCUGGAAGCGUCGACCAGCGGCAUGAUGAUUGACGGCGGUGUCCGCCCUGGUAUUUCAGCCAACUCCAUCCCUGCUGCUACUAGCGAUUCGACUGCCGCUCCUGCUGCCGCUCCUCCCGUUGUCCCGACCGCCGCCGCCGCUGCUGCUGCUGCCGUUGCUGCCACUACUACCUCUACUCCCGCUCUUCCCUCACCCAGUGCUGCUAGCAAGUUGCCGGAAACACCACCUCCCACUGCUGCUGUCGUCGCAAAUGAAGCAGAGCCGGCAGUGCUCAUUGUCAGGGUCGACGAUUCCAAGAAAGCCACCGAAACCCCCAACUCGCAGCUCGCUUCGCGCGAGAGCCUCGACUCGGUUGUCGGCGAGUUGACUGUUACCGUGGGAAAUGACAGUGAGGCUUCGUUCAGCCACCCACUACAAUCCAGUCAGCAGCAGCACGCAGAUAUGCCACCGACACCGCAAACUGCUGCUGCGAGUGCCGAGGACGCAGAGGGCUCGGGCAGCCGAAUUCUUGCUUUUGCCUCAAAUGCCAUGAAUCGCUUCAGCCGGCUCUUCCAAGGCGACGACCACCAAGAGACGUUUGUCUAAUAUCUCGUUGGUUUUUCGUGCCUUCGCGGUCUCUUUGCCUGAUUUAGCGUUUCGGUUUGUUUGUCCCCUACCAUUCUGCCUUGUUAUUGUUAGUUUGACCUUGUUUUGUUUUUGCUUCUUGUGGUUUUUUUCUCUCUCUUUGCUUCCUUUUGCUGCUCAAACUUUAUCGUGCCUGCUUGUCCGUUGUUGAAAGAAUAAUUUGCACAGUUCCUCUACG